AUGGCCUCAACAGAGUUACAUCCGAACCCCUUCUCGAACCAGCAACUACAACAUCAGGAACCUCAAAGGCUAUCCGGCAUAUAUCAAUAUCAUAAUGCUCCUGAAGUACUACCCGAACAUGGACUCGAGUACGAUGACAAUACAUAUCCCGUCUCGGACAAGUAUCCGGUGACCAGUAUGGACGACUAUCCCGCCAGCUUCAACGCACAACAAUAUCGCGACAACAACAAGCCGCCGCGCAUCAUCUUUGGAAUGAAAGUGCGGUCUUUUCUGCUCGUGGCCCUAGUGUUUGUCUUGAUAGUAGUUGGUGCGGUGGUGGGAGGCACAGUAGGCCGAAAUGCAUCUCAUACCGCGAACGCGGCAGCCGUGGCCAAUGAUUCAAGCUCAUCAUCAACAACAAUAUCAUCGUCAUUAGCCGGCGUCCGCACAAUCGCCGCAUCAGGACCCACUACAACAGCAGCGACAUCUGCCACAACAACAACAGCAGCAGCAUCCACAACAGUACUAUCAACACCAACAUUCACUCCUCUAUCUGCUUGCCCCACUGCAAACAACACUCUCUUCAUCUCAACAAUCUCCAACACUUCCUCUCUGCUUCCUCCAACCAACAACACCAUUUCCAACUUGACAUAUACACGCUACUGUGAUGGCAACACGCCUGCAGAUUUCAAACCAUUGACCUCUGGCUUUGUGUACACGUUUGACGACUGCAUUGAUUUGUGCGCGGCGUAUAAUGUUUAUGCUGCUGAUUCAUCUACCGGCUGCAAUGUUGCUGUCUAUGAUGUCAAGCAAGCAAGACCUGUCAACUGCGUGGUUGGAAGCACGCAAAGUGCCAAUGCACAGAGUGUUGGCAUUGAUGGCGGGCUUGCUGUUGCGAUUUUGACACCAUCGAUAUAA